AUGGUCACCGAAGACACAUUGCAUAACCAUGCUUGCUACCACGUUGCGUCAAAUGUUCUGAAAAGCCCUAUUGAUCUGAUUUAUUUGGCUUUGGUGUCCGCUGCAAACAAACACACGGUUGAGCUGGAACGGGAACUGAGCUGCUCUAACAUUUCGCAAUCAGCUCCUGCUCAAACAUUGCGAAAUAUUAUUCACUCCGCCAACAUUUUCUUUAGCCCCACACACAUUUUCUCUACUACAUUGAGCUUCUUACACUUGUAUGCUUCAAAUGGCAAGAGCAGCUUCCCAGAUAUGGGAAGCUUGCUAUGCCUAGAACGUGGUGAGAUAUCCAUGUAUAGCAUGCGAUCAGUAUUGUGCGCAAUGAAUAAACCAAUCAUAGCGCACGCAUCUUUACGUGUGUUGUUUCAAUUGGUUUGGAAAACAUGUAUAAGAGGUAUUUCUGAAGAAACAUGGAGAUUAGGACCCAACACUUUGAUUUACACAAGCUGA